UGGUUUUACUGGAAAUAAGCACAUCCACAUCCCCUCAGGACUAAACUCAGACGUUCCUGGUUUUGAGCCUCAGUUUCUCCAAAACGAUGAAGAACAAUCUGUGUGUAGCGGCACUUUGCCUCCUGAGUACAGUAACCCUGUGCCGAGCGACCACCACUCAGGCUCCAGUAAUUUUAACUGGGUCAACGUCGGCUCAUGGAACACAAACUACUACACCCACCACACCCACCACAGCUACCACAGCUACCACUGCUACCACAGCUACCACAGCUACCACAGCUACCACAGCUACCACAGCUACCACAGCUACCACAGCUACCACUGCUACCACAGCCACUACAGCUACCACAGCUACCACAGCUACCACUGCCACUACAGCAAGAACUGAUACACCCACUACACACACUACACACACUACAGCCCCAACCGAACCCAAUUCAACCUCAACUGGUGGACCCACUGUAGCGCCAACUGGUAAACAGACUAGCGCUUCUACUGGUGGACCCACUGUAGCACCAACUGGUGGACCCACUGUAGCACCAACUGGUGGACCCACUGUAGCACCAACUGGUGGACCCACUGUAGCACCAACUGGUGGACCCACUGUAGCACCAACUGGUGGACCCAUCCCCAACCCUUCAGGACUCUCAGGAGGAGCGAUAGCUGGCAUCGUCAUAGGAACAAUUGCUGGAGUGGGCUUACUGGGCGGCGGUAUCUACGGUCUGCUGAAGUACACCAAAAAAAUCUGAGACUAACACCAUUCAAAUUAUGAUUUAUGUGGUCACUCAUUGCACAAUAAACAAUUUCCUACUCCAACGUUACCCGAAACCCUGACCUGGAGAACAAGAGAAUAAGACGCUUUGUCUGAAAAGUUGAUUUGAGAAGAAAAACUUUUCCUACAUGAUAAGGAGGCCAGAAGAAAACAUUGUGCUCUUUAAUUGUAUUUCUAAAAUGAAAGGAAAACUAUUUUACCCACUUAAAAUGUGCUGUAAACGGUUACACUGUCAAAGUUUAUUUCUCAUUAAGAGGUGAUAAUUUUUUUUUUUUAAAGAAACAUAUAUUAAACCUGCCAUGAUCAUUUAUUGUAAAAGACAAAAAAAACCUUUUUGUAAUCUAAAUUCAUCUGAUGAUCUCAUAAUUGUCUUUUUUUAAUUGAAUGAUUAAAAAAGAGAAGAAAUAAAACAAGUAAAAAGUGAUACUUUAUUAAAAAACAGACUGGAUCUAAAAAUAAAAGACUUAAAAAAAACUGGGAGGUCAUAAUUUUUGUAAAAACAAAUGUUUCUAUGUUUGAAUAUUCCCAAACAGCCGAACAAGCAGUCCAGCCAUUAUGGAUAUUAACUGCUCCACUGUAGGCUAAUCGCUAAUUCACAACAAAUGUUUCGUACAGUCAUGCAAAUUAUUUACUUACUUCCGUUUGACACCAAAUAAAGUGGUGAGAGAGCAUGAAUUAUUGCUGAAGGAUUUGUUCUUAUGAUGGUUGAUGCUAACUGCUAAUGGUAAAAACUACAUCUUCCACAAAACUAAUGCUGUUAAUUUCCUGCAAAAAUAACUAUUCUGUUCACUGUAAAACUCUUAUCUGUUCAUUAACAACCUCUGAAGCAAGUACUCAGAUUUUAAAGAAAUCACUCGUAUUUCCUGCUGUCGCUACCUAUGCUAACGCUACACUGUACAGAAAUAGGAUCAGCUAUUGGAGACUCAGUUUUAGUUGAUUUACUUGUUUUUUCUUUCAGUUCUUCUCUACAACAGAAAACAAACAAUACGAAUCUGUUAAACUGACUUAAGCAAAGUCAUUUUCAAACAUCCGUUGCAGCUGCACUGCUAGCGCUAGCGUGUACAUAAAAAUAUCAAACAAGAGAGGCUCGGUUUCAGAUGGGAUAUAUUUUGUUUUUUUCUGUAAAAGAAAACUAACAAAUCGUGAACAAUCCCAGAACCUUUAAACAAACUUAUCAUACAAGUUUGAUAACUUGUAUCAACUAUCAAACUGCUAAUUUUUAGCAGUUAAGACUGCAAUGAAUCACAUUGAAUUUUGUGAUUCAAUGCAGCUCAUACUUUUGCAUGCUUUCAAACACUGUAGAAAAAUGUCUGAUUUAUUAUUUCUCUGUGAAAUAAAGAUAUGAAUAAACAUCCACGUGAA